CAUCAACCUCCCAAAAAACCCUUCCACCAUGUCGUGGCUCUUCGGUUCCAGCAGUUCUACAGAGAAAGCCCCCGAACCUACCCCGGCCCCUGCCGAGAAGCCAAAACCCUGCUGCGUCUGCAAAACCGAAAAGACCGCUCGUGAUGACUGCAUGCUCUUCUCGAAAUCUGACGACCCACAGCAAGAAUGCAAGUCCAUGAUUGAACAGUACAAGGCCUGUAUGGCUGGAUACGGCUUCAAGGUCUAGAUGUUUUGUUACCGGGAACGGGAUCAAAUGCACGCAGCUUGGUUUUCACUGCAUGGUGUUUUGGGAUUCGGGUUUAUGCAUAGACUGUACAUUAGAUGCGUAUUACUGUAAUGGUUGAUGGGAACUCUCCUUUCU